AUGAAUUCGGAGCACUACCGUCGUCGGCCUCAAAUCAACAGCUUGCCUUUGAAUUUUCAGUAUGCCGAGAGCUCCGGGGCCCCAUUGCAAUCAGCGCACCAGAUGGUCUCUUUUGAUGGUCUUCCCCGAGCUCAAAAUGAUCAACACUUUAUGAUCACUCCCUCAACCGUACCCAACAUUCCUUCCAACAAUUACAGUCUCACCACCUCGAUGGCCAUGCCACAAGCUUCCACAGUCUGGAGUUACCCAAACCACACCCCGAUGGACUUUGAAAACCAAAACACCAACGACUACUACGAUUACUCUCCGAGUAUUGUCGCUAACGAGCAGGAUAGUCCUUUCUUACGAGACAUGAGCUACUCUGAAGUCCCUCGCACAUCUUUCCCAUGCGACCCAAGGAUGCUUGAUGACGGCGGUAACAUGGCCGUUGACCCAUUUGAUGCUUCUGCCUACUUGAUGGAUCCCAACAAGAAUGACAUGCAGACUUCCACAGAACCAACUUCAACUUCUCUUGGAUUCGAUGCCUUGGAGAACUCACACAAUUUCUCACGACUGAGCAUUAGCAACAGCCCAAAGCCAGCGCACGAAACUCCUAGUUCUGAUCAUUUCCCCUUCAAUAAACCAACUCAUUUCUCUCUACCAUCUAGUGAACCUUCAGAGGAUGGUGGUAUCAGUUCCCGUGAAAUGACAGUCGUUGAUGGGGACGAUCCUUCUGCAGAUGAACCAUACGCCAAGCUGAUUUAUCGAGCGCUUAUGAGCGCGCCGGAUCAUUCGAUGGUUCUGCAAGAGAUCUAUGAGUGGUUCCGAAAACACACCGCCAAAGGCGCCUCAGACACUAAAGGCUGGAUGAAUAGCAUUCGUCACAACUUGUCAAUGAAUGCUGCAUUCAAGAAGACCGAGCGCAAAACGCCCGGCGAUGAGACCAAAAAGUCAACCGAAUGGGUCCUUGAAGAGUUCGCCAUCAAAGACGGCGUACAAUCCACAACCCGUUACCGCAAAGGCACCGGCGCAAAAAAAUUCAUGAAGACGGAGAACCCUGCACCGUCACGCCAAAGCUCCGGCCGCAAAGGUGGAAUCUCUGCUAGCAAAACAAAGAUGCAAAGACAACAACAGCGCUCCAUGUCUAGCACUCAUCGCUCACGACAUGGGCACGGACACGAAUUCCUACGCUCGCAUUUCCAAACUCAGCGACAUAGCUCACCCCCAACGCCACCUACGCAUGAGAAUAUCUCCGGUGCGGGGUGUAACCCGUAUUUCUUCCCCAAACAGCAGCUCGAAAUGCCGUAUGAGGAUAUGUGUGGGCUGCAAGACGUACAGGGAGUUUACAUUGAUGAUCAUGGACCUAUCUUUGUGAAUAACCACGAUUACGCUUCUGCUGAUGGACUUCCACGCUACUAG